GUCUCUUUAUUUAUUAAAUGUUUCAGGCUAAGAGACCUUCUAAGUCUUCUUCAUUCUGUGAGGAUGGGAAUACCCCGAUAAACGGGAUUAAUGGACUUAACAGGUCUGCUAAAAACCUGCGCAGAUCUCGACAGGGCCGUGGCCUUCCGAAGAAAGGAGGUGCUGGUGGAAAGGGAACCUGGGGAAAGCUAGGGGACGAGAUUGACCUCCCCUGGGUUGACCCCAACGACCCUAACUACGACUCCGACACUGUGGAGGGGAAGGAUAAGAAGCUCGUUAAGUUGAAUACUCUGGCUCCGGAGAUGUCGGAGGCUGAUGUCAAGAAGACUGUUGUUCCACUGAUUCUGGAAUAUUUUGAGAAUGGGGCCUCCGAAGAGGUUCUUGUGUCUCUGGAUGAAAUGUUGGAGAAUCUGGGCUCAAGACGGUGGAUGGUUGUUUGUUUAGCUAUUGAGCUGUCCAUGGACCGUAAACCUAGUCACAGGGAAUACACAUCAGUGUUAUUGUCCCAGCUCUACCUCAAGAUUGUCAGUCAACGAGAUAUUGGAAAAGCAUUUGAUUAUCUGCUGCGGACCUUGAACGAUCUGGUUCUCGACACCCCGGAUGCAUCAACCAUUCUCGGCAAUUAUAUUGCCCGGGCAAUCGCCGACGAUUGUAUCCCUCCAAAAUUUUUGAAAUCAUACAAGGGUCAUGUAUCUGAUGCUGAGGCUAAGAAGGCCCUGUGUCGAGCGGACACCUUGUUAUCUAUGAAGCACGGGUUGGUGAGGUUGGAUAAUGUGUGGGGGGUCGGAGGAGGGAUUAGACCGGUUAAAUACCUCGUCAACAGGAUGAUUAUGUUACUCCAGGAGUACCUGUGUAGCUGUGAUAUUGCUGAGGCUACUCGUUGCCUCGCUGAACUAGAGGUUCCUCACUUCCAUCACGAACUCGUUUACGAGGCUUCAGUGAUGGUAUUGGAGAGUACUCAUGUUAAAACUGAGGAAGCAAUGUGUAAAUUACUCUCCUCACUCUUCCGUAGUUUUGUGAUAACGAUUGAUCAGAUGAGGGCCGGGUUCCAUCGUCUAUAUGAAGACAUGGAAGAGUAUAGUUUGGAUGUUCCCAACGCGUACACUGUUCUCGGCAGAUGGGUCAUUCGAUGCAGACAGGCUGGAAUCAUCAACGACGAGAUAAUGCGUAAAGUUCCUCAGCGUGGACGCAAACGUUUUGUCUCUGAGGGAGAUGGAGGACUAGUCAAGGACUCCCUGGCCUGGUAGAUGAACUCCCGGCCAUGAAGGAUUCUGAGAAUUUUUAGUUUUUUCAGGACUCUGUUUUUUUGAAGGACUAAUAUUUAAAAUAAGAUGUUCUUUAUAAACAAGUAUCAAGAACAGAGGUUUUGGAAGAGUUCUCAGGCCUCGAAAGACAGAAUAUUCUUCGGGUCUCUGCUACCUUAGAACUUUUUUUUGAAGAACUUAGUUAUGAGGUCUUGUUCGUGAAGGACUAAUAUUUCUUUAAAAACCUGAAGGACUGUUCUCGAAAAUACAUAACGGUUCACAUAGAAUUUCCUGUCGAUGUAAAUAUUCUUUCGGUAAUGGGUAACUCUACUGUUAUUGAACAUUUUACCAUUUCUAUACUGAAACAGUUACCCAUUAAACAUAUUGUACUCCUCAAUAGAUUUCAUCUUAUUACGUUCAAUGGAGUUAAUUUAAAUUUCUUGUUAAAAUAUUGCAACUGUCCGCUAAUAUCUCAUUGUCGCCCAGUCGACCUCUUUGUUAAAUGCAUAUUUUUUUAAUAAUAUUGUAAUUUUUGUUAACACUUUAACCAACCCUGUUUCUCUGAAAUAUGAGGAAUAUAAGAGGUUUUUGUGUAUUGUAUUUGGGGUAUAUAAUCAUAAUAAUAUGGGAACCUACAUCAUUAUUUUUUUUUUGGAGGUAUGUUUUUUUUUGGGGGGGGGGGGUGGAAAGGAUAAUGAAUGUGAAUUAUAUACCCUUUUAAGAAUGUGAUACUUUACCAAAAUCUUAAAUAAUAUUUUGUAAAAUUGAAAAUCUGAUGUUAUUUUCCAAUGAAUCAAGAUUUUCAGUUUUUCAGUGCUAAAUUGUUAAUUGCGCUGAAAUUUAAAAUUUGUAAUUUGAGUUCAAUAGCCGUACUGUUGCCGAUACAAUGUAUUAAUUUUGGUUUAUCAUUAGUUAAAGAUGUACUUAGUACUCUUGAACUCAAGUGAAUUGUUAUACCUUGCUGUACAUUUAGUUCUAUUGUACAGUGUUUACACUGUACAUUAUGUACUGUGUUCUUUUGAACUUUUACAAGAACUUACUCUUGAACUUGUACAAGAACUAACUCUUGAACUUGAACUAACUAUUGAAUAAACAAUUACAUCUCUUUA